AUUGUGUCGUUUUCUGUCGCCGACCCUGGCUUCUGAUCGACCAGGACCGCCCUCCAUCCCAUCCAUGUCCAGCACAUCGUAUUUUGUCAUCGUGGGGACAAAAGACAACCCCAUCUACGAAGCCGAGUUCGGUGGAAUCGGAGCUUCAAAGGAUAAAGGGAAAGAAGAGCAUGUCCAUCUGAAUCAGUUCAUCGUGCACUCGGCCCUGGACCUCGUCGAGGAGCUGCAGUGGGCGACUCAGUCUCCCUACCUCAAAGUCGUCGACCGCUUCAACGAGUGGUACGUCUCGGCAUACGUAACCCCCAGCGGGCCCAAGUUCAUGCUGCUGCACGACACCGUCAACAACGACGGCAUCCGGCAGUUCUUUGGCGAGUGCCACGAGCUCUACCUCAAGAUGAUGUUGAGCCCCUUCACCGAGAUCAGCGCCCCGAUUACCUCCUCUGUCUUCGAUACCCGGGUGCGGGCGGCAGGACGCAAAUAUCUGUAGCCGACCGGCUCGACCCCAACAUUCUCGAACGACCGUCGCGAUUUCUUGCUUCUGUGCCUCUCCACCGACCCCCAUCCAUACAAUCUGCCUCCGUAUGUCGCCCCGGCGAUGUAGGUCAUCGUGGAUAUAUUGGUUCGAGCGUCCUUCUCCCGUUUUCUUGGGCGGUCCUUC